UUUGGCCUCUGGGUUGCUCUAUCUACACCAAGAAUGGGAACAAUGUGUGCUGCACAGGGAUAUCAAAUCCAGCAAUGUUAUGUUGGAUUCAAAUUUCAACGCAAAACUUGGGGAUUUCGGGUUAGCAAGGCUUGUGGAUCACGGAAAACAGUCGCAGACCACAAUCUUGGCUGGAACCAUGGGCUACAUGGCUCCUGAAUAUGUUAAUACAGGAAAGGCUAGCAGGCAGUCAGAUGUCUAUAGUUUUGGAAUUGUUGCUUUGGAGAUUUCGUGCGGGAGAAAACCCAUCGAUCCAAAGUUUGGAAGCUCUAAAGUCAAUAUGGUGGAGUGGGUUUGGGAGCUUUACGGAGAAGAUAGUCAUUGAAGCAGCUGACCCAAAAUUGUGUGGGGAUUUUGAUGAGAAACAAAUGGAGUGCUUGAUGAUUGUUGGGUUGUGGUGUGCUCAUCCUGACUACAAUAUGAGGCCUUCAAUACAACAAGCAAUUCAAGUGCUUAACUUCGAGGUUCCGUUGCCGAAUCUCCCAUCAAAGAUGCCGGUGGCCACUUAUUUCGCUCCUCCGAAAUCGCACUCAAUGCUGUCUAGAGAUACUAGUGGUUCUCUAGGAGGCCAAAUUGAGUUUUCAUCAGGCUAUGGUUACAACACUAAUUCCUCACAGUUCAGCGCAUCUUCUUCUACCACAAAUUCUCAGCCAAAAAUUUCACUUGGAUCAUGAUGUGUUGUGAGGAAAGACAUUUAGAUAAAAAAAAAAUGAAGGGAUGACAAGGAUGAAGAUGGCGCCUUGCUCUUUCUCUGUGGUUCACCAAUUAAGAACAAGUCUUACAGAUCCCUGUUUCACCGAAAGAUUUCCUCUUCAUGAUUUAUGACAUUGUGAUUAAGAUACUUUGUUAAAGUUGUAAGUGCUGUUGGAUUUGUCUGCCAUGUUUUGUUUUUAAGAGUAAUCAAAGUUGUAAUAUGUUUGGUUUGGAAAGUGCAAAAAUUGAUUGUAUAAUUGGGUAAUUUUCACUUUACCUCACACCGUACCCUCACCAUACCUUCUCGUCGCCGCCCAUCACCUCCUCUUUCUCUCUCUCUCCCUCUGUCUCUCUUCCCUAUGUCAAUAAAGACAGAUUCAUAGCCGCCGUCAAGUCCCACCUCAGAAGCUCCCUCCUUCUCUCCCACCCCAGAUCCAUAGCCGCCAUAGCCCGAGGCCUCAAGCACUGGCACAACACCACCGACCUCAACCUCGACCGCCACAUCAUCGUCGUCCCCAACCCCGUCACGACCGCAUCGCAUUUUAACCAC